AUGGUUCUUCAAGAGAGUCUUGGUGAUAAGUCCCCACUCAUGUGCGCAGGAUCACCGCGGAGCUUUGGUCAUGACGGCCUCCCCGAAAGCACCACGGCUCUGAUCGUUGGUGGAGGACCAGUUGGGAUAACUACUGCCAUAGCGCUUGCACGCUAUGGAAUCCAAUCGGUCAUCCUUGAAAGACAUGCUACAAGAAUGGGACAACCCAAGGCUCAUGUCAUCAACAAUCGAUCCGUCGAAAUCCUCCGGCAAUAUGGCGUGGAUUUGACCCCCAUGAGAAAAGUUGGUCUUUCCGACGAGGAGGCAGGGCAAGUGAUUUUUGCGUCGUCCAUGAAUGGCCUAGAAUAUGGAGUCUUGAAUUCUUCGGUAGCAAGCUCUACAGCAAGAGACGCCUCUCCAGAGACGAUGUUCAAUGUUGCGCAGCCACUGUUGGAGGAAUACCUUUUGCAAGUAGCCUUAGAAACUGGGAAGGUUAAGCACCUUCGAAUGCACGAAUGGCAAAAUUGCACAGAAGACCCAACGACAAAGGAAAUUACAUCGACCGUCCUCCUUCGAGAAAGCGAUGUUACAAAGCUUGUGACCAGCAAAUACCUGAUUGCUUGUGACGGUGCCAAUUCAAAAUCGAGGGAUGUCCUGCAAAUUCCUUUCUUAUCUCCUAAUGGAAGCCCGGAAGUCAUCUUGAAUUAUGCUUCAAUCCAUUUCAGCGCUGAUUUAUCUCAUUUUAAACCGGGAUUGUUGUGGUUUAUUUUGAAUCCAAGUGGCAUGGGCGUCUUCAUUGCCUACAAUCGGAAGAACAGUUGGGUAUUCACCAUACAAUAUGACCCCUCCACAACUCCAUCAGAGACUUUCACGUCAGAUUUUCUUCAAACACAAGUAUUUAAGGGAAUAGGAAUGGUGCCUAACGACUAUAAAGAACUCGGAGUGACACUGUGGAAGACAUCACCGAAGAUUGCAGCAAACUAUCGGUCUAAAAGUAUACCUCACGCAUUCUUGGCAGGAGAUGCGGCACACUCAUUUCCACCGACAGGCGGCCUGGGUAUGAAUACAGGCAUUGGCGAUAUUCAGAACUUGGUCUGGAAGAUCCAUGCUCUCGAGAAGGGAUGGACGGGAGAUUCAUUUCUUGACACGAUCACCCUAGAGCGGUGGGCCGUGGCAAAUGAGAACUCGAAGCAGAGCAAAGUGAACGAAGACAACAUUUUUCGCCUGGUUAGCGCCAUAUUCAAGCCUGCAAUGACUCCGGAGAAUUUAUGGGCUGACCAAGCUUCGAGGAAAGAAAUACAGAGUGCUCUCCAAUACCAGCACGAUCAUUUUGACUCGCUCAAUCUUGUCUUGGGCUACGCAUAUGGCCGAGACCAUCUUCGCGGGCCCUCAGAUUAUCGAAAAGAGAAUGUUCCGGGAGUUCGCCUCCCCCAUGAAUGGGUAAAGACUGCUGCAGGCGACCGAGUGUCGACUCUUGAUUUGAUAGAUGGAUACACCUUCGUCCUGCUGACGUCUGCUGGGCUUACAAUGAAGAAACAAAUUGACUUACAGGAAGUCCCAAUCUCCGUGAUGCAGUUGGAAAGGGAUUUCUUUGACGAAUCUGGAAAUUGGACUGCAGUGCUUGGCCUGAAUGGGGACGCAGCUGUUCUUGUCCGCCCAGACCAACAUAUAGUGGGAACUGUGACAAGUAUGGAAAAGGUCCCAAGUCUACUGGCAGCAUACUGGAACCCGCAACACAUGUCCGAUGGACCUGAUAGCUUGGUGGAGACCACCAGCAUUAGUUUUGAGAUCUAG